CCUCUAAACAAACCAAAAACUCUAAUUUUUUUAAAUCGAUUUUGUUGAUUUUUUAAAAGGUUUUGCUUGUUUAAGACUUGUGAAUAGAUCUGAGCGUUAGUUUUUUUUUUGGGGGGAAAAAUAAAAAAUGGACGGUUGUGAUUUAAUAUUUGACCGGGUUUAGCAAAAAGUCAUUGCAAACGUCAGAUCGAAACCGUUCCGGUGAACUGAAACAAAAGCAUGAAAAUGUCUUAAGAUUCGCUGAUGCUGCUGCUUGCUUCGACACUCUCUGUUUCACUUUCAGAUGGAGAAUUUACUUAAUGACUAUUUUACCCUUAACUAAUCAUACGGUCUAACGAGAAUUUUUCAGGGUCUUAUCGUCAUUUUAGUAUUUCUUUUUGUGUUUUUCUUUGGUCAUUUACAAAACCUUUUGCUUUAUGUGAUUUUUUUUUAACUUUAGGACACGUCUGUUUCACGAAACUGCUGUUUGGUAAUGGGUUGGAUUCCUUUUCCUUAUUACAACGAUCGAGGGAGACUUUUUUUUUUCUCUCUCUUCUUGCCCACAUGGAUUUUUUUCCUUUUCAGACUGACGCUUUCUCUGAAAUUCCAAUUUUGCUUUUCUUUCUUGUAUCAUACAAAUUUUCUCGAAAAACUUUUCCUUUAUUUGCUUACAUUAACACUUACACUAAUAAAGUACAAUCCAUUUUGUUACAUUGACAUCAAAAUAAGACCCACUAGUAUGUACAUAAUACUAGAAAAUAGACUAAAAUACAGAUUUUUGGAUUCUUGACUCGUGUGAUCAAAUAGUUUCCAUGAGUGUUGGUUAAAUAUUUUAUAAUUAAUUGUGCUAAUUCUUGUUUUAACCAGUCAAUGGUGAGACUGGGGAAAUGAUUUCUCUUUUGCCAACAUGUAAUGAUGAUGUUUUGAUUUUGCUUGUGUGGGGAUAAAAAUAAAUUGGAAUUAUUUCAUUGUUUGACCAUUAAAUGCCAAAAACAAUCAUUGUUUUUUUUUUUACCUUUUUUUUUUGUUACUUUAGUUGCAUUUGGAUUUUCAAUAAUCAAUUAUAUUGUCAUCUUGUUCGUUGCUCACCAGCUUUUUUGCAUUUCGUAAAAAUGGCAAAAGAAUAAAAGAAACAUUUUUAAUCUCUUUUAUUGACAAAAAGAAAAACUCUCUUUUACUUAGUUAGAUAUUCUCGAUCCAUUAGUAAAGAUUGUUCGAAGACCACUUAUAUAGCACCAAAGAAAAAAAAUCAUUGUUCUCUACGCUUUUUCUUGCUUAGGGAUGCAAACCAAUGGAUCGAAUGGAACUCAUGAAUGGUUCUACUUCAGCUAGUCCAUGUUCAUCGUAUCAACAUAGUCCUCGUGCUUCUUACAAUCCAAGCCCUUCAUCUUCAUCAUUCCCGAGUCCUACUAACCCAUUUGGUGAUGCUAACUCGCUAAUCCCCUGGCUCAAGAACCUCUCUUCAAACUCACCUUCCAAGCUUCCAUUCUUCCAUGGAAACUCGAUAAGCGCUCCUGUGACUCCGCCAUUGGCUCGAAGCCCUACUCGUGAUCAAGUAACCAUCCCUGACUCUGGAUGGCUCUCUGGAAUGCAAACACCACAGAGCGGACCCUCUUCUCCUACGUUCAGCUUAGUUUCAAGAAACCCGUUUUUCGACAAAGAGGCUUUUAAAAUGGGAGACUGUAAUUCACCAAUGUGGACUCCUGGACAAAGUGGAAACUGCUCUCCAGCUAUUCCUGCUGGUGUUGAUCAGAACUCUGAUGUGCCAAUGGCUGAUGGAAUGGCGGCUGAGUUUGCGUUUGGUUGUAACGCAACCACUGUGAUUGGAAUGGUGAAGCCUUGGGAAGGUGAAAGGAUACAUGGAGAAUGUGUUUCAGAUGAUUUAGAACUUACACUUGGAAACUCAAGAACCAGAUGAUGAUUUCAGAGAACAAUCAAUGUCGUUUACUAUUAUCAUCAACCAAACUCUCUUAUCAUAUUAGUUCUCUUUUUUUUAAUUGGUCUGUUUUUUUUUUAAGUGUGAUGUUGAAAGGUGACUGAGAGGGAAAAAAAAGAGAGAUAAGAAAAAAAAAAGAAAAAGGACAUUUUGAGCUCUGUUUUUACUCUUUUUUUGGUUGGCUUUUUGACUAAAGUUGUAGUUAGAAUCUA